AUGUCGAACGAAACCCACUGUGACCCCGCUUUUGGUCUCCGGCAGAGAACCCCGGGUGAAGCGAAGGCCAUCAUGGAGCACUUCGUCUCGAUGUACAGCUCGCACGACGGUCUCUACCCCACCCCGCACGAGCAAGACGUCCUCGCGGCCUGGACCGGCCUCGCGCUCGAACAGGUCCAGCACUGGUUCAAAUCGCAGCGCCGCCAUCGCAGCCUCCCACACGACCCCGACUCGGUUCGCUCCGUCGAGCGCCGCGCGCGCACCCGUACAGAGGCGUGGCAGCACGACUGGCUUGAGAUCUGCUUCUUCAUGGACCAGUCGCCCGGGGCGGAGCGACGCACGACAAUCGCGCGCGAGGUCGGCGAGACGGUCGCGUACGUGACGAGGUGGUUCGAGCGCCGGAGGGACAAGGCGGAGAAGGGCCGGGAGAUGCUCGAUUUCAGAGGGUGA